CGUCACUCGUGUACACGUGUAGCAAGCACGAAGCAGCAAAGGCGGGAUCGGCAGCCAUGGCGAUGAUGGACAAGUGGACAGGCCUGGGCUCGGCGCUGGCAAGCAUGCUCUUCCUCUGGUCCAUGGUGCAGAACCACCUCCCCGCCGCCUUCGGCUACCGCCUCAGCACCUGGGGGAACAAGCUCGCCUCUCUCUUCAGCCCUUACCUGGAGAUCACCAUCUCCGAGUACGGCGCCGAGCGCUUCCGCCGCAGCGACUUCUUCCUCGCCGCCGAGGCCUACCUCUCCGACGCCUGCUCCCGCCGCGCGCGCAAGCUCCGGGCCGACCUCGGCAAGGACAGCAAGAACCUCCAGGUCUCCGUCGACGACAACGACGAGGUCACCGACGCCUUCUCCGGGGCCACCAUCUGGUGGUACGCGUCCAAGCAGCUGGCCAGGUCACAGGUCAUCAGCUUCUACCCGGGCGAGGACGAGCGCCGCUUCUACCGGGUCGUCUUCCACAGGCGCCACCGCGACCUCGUCGUCGACGAGUACCUGCCCCACGUCCUCGAGGAAGGCCGCGCCGUGACCGUCCGCAACCGCCAGCGCCGCCUCUUCACCAACAACCCCAGCGGCAGCUGGAACUCCUACCGCGGCAAGAGCGUCUGGAGCCACGUCCCCUUCGAGCACCCGGCCACGUUCGACACGCUCGCCAUGGACCCGGACGACAAGGAGGACAUCCUCGACGAGCUCCGCGCGUUCCGGGACGCUAAGGCCUACUACACCAAGGUCGGCAAGCCGUGGAAGCGAGGGUACCUGCUCUACGGGCCCCCCGGCACCGGCAAGUCCACCAUGAUCGCCGCCAUGGCCAACUUCCUCGACUACGACGUCUACGACCUCGAGCUCACGGCGGUCAAGAACAACACCGAGCUGCGGAAGCUCUUCAUCGAGACCACCGGCAAGUCCAUCAUCGUCAUCGAGGACAUCGACUGCUCCAUCGACCUCACCGGCAAGCGCAAGGACGACAAGAAGCGGGCGUCGGCCGAGGCAGACGACAAGCCCAAAACCCCAACGGAUCCCGACAAGGACGAGGGAAGCAAGGUCACGCUCUCAGGGCUGCUCAACUUCAUCGACGGGCUGUGGUCGGCGUGCGGCGGCGAGCGCAUCAUCAUCUUCACAACCAACCACAAGGACAAGCUGGACCCGGCGCUGAUCCGGCGGGGCAGGAUGGACAGGCACAUCGAGAUGUCCUACUGCCGCUUCCGGACCUUCAAGGUGCUCGCCAAGAACUACCUGGAUGUCGAGGAGCCGCACGAGCUGUUCGGCCAGAUAGAAAAGCUGCUCGAGGAGACGGACAUGUCGCCGGCAGACGUGGCCGAGAACCUGAUGCCCAUGUCCAAGAAGAAGAAGCGGAGGGACGCCAACGCGUGUCUGGAGAGUCUUGUGGAGGCUCUGAAGCAGGCCAAGGAGGAUGCUGCUGCUGCUGCUGCUGCUAAGGCACUAGCUGACGCUAGGGCGGCCAAGGAGGAAGCGGAGGAGGCGAAGGAGAAAGAGGCCAAAGAGAAAGACGAGGCAACAAAUAGCAAAGGAGCAGCAGACCCAGCAGGGAAGGACACUAAGAUGAGCAAUGGAGAUGUUACUGCCAAUAAGGAAGGUGAUGACGAGUGACAAGUAUAGAAUGGAGACGAGCUCGCUUGCUAGUGAAGUAAUGGAGAAACAUGGCUAUAAAUAAUGACAGUGGCCUAUGUAAAAUAGUGCAGUCUCUAGUGAAGAUUACAGUCACACGUCGUCAUCUUCCAUGUUAAAAAGAUAAAAAGAUAGACUUGAUUUGGAUUAGUUAAAAAUAGAAAGAUGUAAUGUAACAACCAAAUCGAGCCUUCUUUGCCUUUCAACUUGU